AUGGACUCUUCGGGCUACUUCACCAUCUGCGGUGGAACCGCUCCACCGGCCGCGCCGAUCCAGUCGCAUCCUCCUGCACCCGCCUGGUGUUACCCAUUGUCGCCACCAGCGCCUCCCCCGCAGCACCCGCAAGGGGAAGGGGGCCGACGCAACCGGCGUGGUGGCGGUCGUCGCCGCCUGCAGCAGCAGCAGGCCCAGGACGUCGGGGGGCGCCGCACUAUAAGCAGGCUCUUCCCGCUGGCCACCAGGCGUUCAUCGGCGCACCCUUCCAGCCGAUUGGCGCCGGCUACAGCGCCCUCCUUGCGCCGCCGCCUCUCGGUGGUUAUGGCCCGCCCAUCCCGGCGCCGCCCUACGGGGGCCUUCCGCCGCCGCCGGUACCUGUGCCACGGGACCCCACCCUCCUCGCCGCCCAGCACUCCGUACCGUCGUCGAGUAGCUCUGUCGGUGGAGGCGACUGGUUCCUCCGGCUUCGGCCCCUUCGGCGCCGGCCCCCGCGCCCCCUCGUGGAGCGAUGCGCGGCGGCAGCCCCCGACGCCCCCCCCGGCACGGCGCCCUCUGCCGCCACCACCUGGCUUCGUGACUCCCUCCCCCGAGGUCGAGUCCGAGCGGGCCCCCGGGUCCCCGUCUCCCUCAUAUGAGGUUGAGCCCGACACCCUGCCUGCCCACCCUGCGACGGGCUCGAUGUCACCCUCGCCCGUCACCUCUUCCGCUGUCGGCUCGGCCGACGCUGCUGCCACCGCGGCCCCUGCCUCCGCCGCCGCACCGGGUGCCCCCGCCGCCGCGGCACCCGCCGGCCCUGCUGCCCCGCCACUUGGCGUGACUACCCAUGCCCGAGCAGGAGUGCUUCGGCCCAGCACGCACUACUCCGCCGACGAGUAUGUGUGCGCCGCCUCGACGUCAACGUCAUCACCCGUCCCCACCUCCACUCGCGCUGCCCUUCGGGAUCCCCACUGGCUAGCUACGAUGCAGGAGAAGUUCGACGCCUUACAGUGCAACCGCACGUGGCAGCUUGUUCCGCGACCCCCUCAUGCCAACAUCAUCUCUGGCAAGUGGGUGUUUUGCCACAAGACUCGCCCGGACGGUUCUCUCGAGCGCUACAAGGCUCGGUGGGUGGUUCAUGGUUUUCGGCAGCGCGCGGGCGUGGACUUCACCGACACCUUCGCCCCGGUUGUGAAACCGGGCAUGAUUCACGUCGUGCUUCAGCUGGCGGUCUCGCGCGCCUGGCCUGUGCACCAGUUGGAUGUCUCCAACGCCUUCUUGCACGACCAUCUCGCCUAG